CUUCUUCUUCUUCUUCUUCUUCUUCUUCUUCUUCUUCUUCUUCUUCUUCUUCUUCUUCUUCUUCUUCUUCUUCUCCUUCUUCCUCUCUGUCGUGUCACACAUUUCCUUCACUUACUUCCUCUUCUUCUCCCUUUCUCUCCUCCCACCAUUUCUUAAUCUUACUACUAUAUAUAAGCAAUCAAGCUUCAACAGUUUAUCUAGCUAAAAAGAGAUUUGAGGUAUAAUAAUUAAUUAAAUCAUUUGAUGAUGGCGCAUUCUUCUUUGCAAGUUUGCAUGGAUUCAUCUGACUGGCUUCAGGGAGGCACAAUGUCGGAGGAAUUAUCAACAGGGCUAGACUCAUCUUCGCCACCCUCAGGAGGAACACCAACAGACUGUAUGCUAGCGGCCGCAUGCUCGUCGCGGGCGGGGCCGCCAUUAAUGGAGAGGAGGCUAAGACCACCACAUGACCAACACCUAAAAUGCCCUAGGUGUGACUCAACUCACACCAAGUUUUGCUACUACAACAACUACAGCUUAUCUCAACCUAGGUACUUUUGCAAGACUUGUAGGAGGUAUUGGACUAAGGGAGGAACCCUUAGGAACAUCCCUGUUGGUGGUGGGUGUAGAAAGAAUAACAAGAAAUCCACCUCUAAAAAGUCUAAUGAUGAUCAACAACAACAAUCACCCUUGAAUCUAGUAGUCCAAGGUGGUGGUGGUGGUGGUGGUGGAUUAAUUGGAUCAAAUUUGAGUCAUAAUAAUGCUAUUGAUCACCUCCACCACCUCUCUUUCCCUCACGGCGAGGUGCAAUUCCCGCCUCACCUUGCUCAUUUGAUCAACGCGCAAAUGAGCCUUGCCGGUGGUGGUGGUGGUGGUUUCAUGGAGAGUGGUGGUGGUUUGAUUAGGCCUAUUGACUUUAUGGAGUGUAAGUAUGAGGGUUUGGUUGGAGGAGGAGGAGGAGGAGGAGGAGGAAAUAGAGGGCAUGAUUUUAUGGGGAGUAAUAGUAAUAAUAAUAAUAGUACUACUAAUGGGAGUGAACAAUUUGGUAUUAUGGGUGGAAUAGGAGGUUAUAAUGGUAAUUUUAAUUCACCUUUUGGGGUGUUUAAUACUACUAAUGAUAUUCAUCAUCAUGAUGGGAGUUUAGGGAUUAGCUUCAUGGAUCAAAGAAUGUUGCUCCCAUAUGAUGGGAACAAUCAUAAUCAUCAUCAUCAUCAUCAUCAUCAUCAAAAUGGAAUGGAUGAUGUGAAGCCUAACCCUAAGCUUUUGUCACUUGAAUGGCAAGACCAAGGUUGUGGUGGUGGUACAACAACAACUACUACUACUACAACUAAUACUUCUUCCGAUCAUAAUGGUGGCGGCAAGGACUCGCCGUAUGGUUACCAUAUGAACGGAGGUGGCGCGACUCUUGGCUCGUGGACGGGCUUGAUGGGUGGGUUUCAAUCACCUACCACCAAUUCAUUAGUCUAAGCUUAGCUCAAUUAAAAGGGUGUGUACGUAUGUUAUGAGUAUCAUAGUACGGGAUUAAGUAAUACUUUUAACUUCUAUAAACUCUCUAAAUCCGUUGAUUUGAUCUACGAUAUAGCUAUUAAUUGUGACCUUUACUCUGAUGUACUUCAAGAUCGAAUAUUAUAUAUGAUCAAAUUAAGGAUGUGGUUUUUAAAAUGAAAUAUUAGGAUUUUUUUAUUUUUUUUUGUUUCAGAUACAAUGUAAGAUCGACUCGAUCUAUAUAUGUCUACCAAUGUAAACUCGAGUUAUUUCGAAGGCUAGAUUGUUGCUAGAUUGUAAGAAAGGUGGGUCAUGUACGUAGUCCAAUUUGAAUAGCAAAUUAAAAGAAACGUCACCAGAGUGUGAAUGAGAGCUUCAUUAAGUCAAAAAGGGAGUACCAAAAUAGCAUGCCUUAGUUAGUAAUACAAUAUUAAUUAUUACUCCGUUCAAAUGUAA